AUGCUGCUGGAGAAAACAUCCUCGACUUCUGUUACCGCGCUCAUCACACCCACCAAGUCUGCCAGGGAGAAGGGAUGGCUUCGUAACCGCCGUCAGACCGACCCCCUGAUCAGGGAGCCCGUCCAGCUGCCCCAGCGCCGACCGAGCAGACACUCCAUCGACGCCGCGAAUGCGAACGCCAACGCAAACGCCAACGCGAGCACCAGAAGCAACUCGUCGCCGCUGAGUUCAGAGAGCUUCUCGAACCCGGCGCUGGCCUCUUUCUCGCCGCGGAAGAUCAAUAUCCAUACCCCGUCGCGACCGUCGCCGCAGCAGCACCAGUAUCACCACCAGCACAGCAACAGCACAUCCACCAUCGCCUCGCCCUCGCCUUCGCAGCAGCAGUACCAGCACCACCAGCAGCAGAUAUUCUAUACUCCGACGCCGUUCAGGCAGGGAGAGCAGGAUCAAUACUAUCAGACUCCGUCUCGGUUCGCUGAUGAACCGCCUCCGUCUUCAACUACGACCACUACGAGCAGUCCGAGCAUUCGGCACAUCACCACCUCCUUCAUCAACACCAACACGAGUCUCACCAGUCCGGUAUCCGCAGACAGCAACAGCUUUCACUUCACGCCUGCAAAGGAGCCCAAGUCGCCCCAUUACAAGCGUGCACCGGCCUCCAGGAGCAGUCUUGGGAUAGAGACCUCCUCAGGUCCGCCGCCAGCAUUAAGCACGCAGCAACGGAGUCUGGCGCAGGAGAAACAGUGGCAGCUUGUGUCGACGGCUGACCAGCCACUGACGCGCAGACCUACUUCAGACUCUACGUCGGCAUCGGCGUCGGCGUCGCAGAAUUCAGACCCCAAGUCAUCAUAUUCAAGCACAGGUACCAGCACAUGCAUGGAUAUGGUUGCGCGCAAGGAAGACACGAAUACGGCGAGAGAACGGCAUCUACGUUCGUCCGUGUCCAUGGAGGAGAGAGAUCGGGAGACGGCUAAUGGUGGGAGCAGCAGAGAGUCGCCUCGCGGGUCCAAGGUGGAAGAUCUGUUCUUGAACAUCGCGCAGACAUCCAGCCGGCAGAAUACAGAUUCCAAGGGCAGACGAAAGUCUAAAUUUGGUCUUUCUGGGCUAUCUUCGCGAGGAAGGGCGACUGAAGAAACCCCCUCACCCGACAGGGGUCACUAUUCGUCCUUUUCCCAGGAUACCUCUCCCAUCGGGAAUUAUGACAUGUCUAGUAUGCGAACGCCGGCGUCAGCUCACCCGCUAGACGAAGCAGGCCGCACUAGGUUCUUUAGUAGCUCAGCUUCAACCAUUGGACGCAGCAGGCUAGGACGCUUGAAUCACGAACUAUCUCCCGAACCUCAGCCACAGUAUGUGCCUGAACGACGAGAUUCAGUGCCAGAGUUCACGCACACCAAGCCAUACAAAUCUAGUCUUGCCGGUGCCCGUAAGACACGGCCGGUGACAAGCUACGACGUGACGGACCGGAAUAUAGGCACUGAUACCGCAGCAAAAUCUAAACAUGAAGGCACCGAGUCGACCUUGUCGACAACCGCUCCGUCUACCGUAUGGGAUGAACUAGAUGAUCUAAAGUCUAGGAUCCGGAAACUGGAAUUGACGGGAAAACUCCCUUCGUCAUCUGCUGCGGCUAUGUCGUCGAUGGCAGGAGAACGACCACGAACUGCAACAACGACUGUAACGACUGUAUCUUCUUCACCGAAACAUAAGCAAAAAGGAAGCUCUUUGCCUAUUCCCCCGCCUAUUCCUCAGGACAAUGACCCAAUAGCCACGGCUAGCCAGGUACACCCCCUCCUCCACACUGCGUUGGCCAAGGCAAAGCCAGUCCUGAACCACGACGUUUACCAAGCCCUAGAGGCAACGGCAGCAGAUGCAGUGAACCUAUCUACCGCGUUGUCUUCAAAUGCGCCACAUACUAGCAGCAUGUCUGUCGUAAGCGCCGCUGCCACCCCUGACCGCAUCCUACGACGUAAAGCAGAUAGCGUAUGUCGAGGACUGACCGAGCUAUGUCUUGCUCUCUCUGAAGAUCAAUUGAGGCCCCUCCCCAUCUCCAAAUCAAGACCAGGUAGUCGAGAUGCUUCUUCCAACAACCGCCUAGCCGCAGGGGGGUGUGACUCGGGCACAUCAACGAUAACCUUUCGUCGAAGUGCCAGCCAUGAACCCGAGGAUCUCAACUUUAGCCGGCUUCAAUCAUCCUUCAAUCGGGAUGCUAGCAGUCGACGGACCAGCGUCAUAACUCUCUCUCCCAGCAUGAAUACCCUAAAAGCGCCCCAAGAGGUACCAGAUCAAUCACCACAUCAUCUAACGACUCCUUCUCAACGAAUUAACCGACGCUCUUCCCUACUACGUACCAGACGACAGGAACAAGAAGAUUACGAUAAACUACAGCCCACAACCAAUUCAAGCUCUCUCCGCCCUAUAUCCCGCUCUAUGACCGUCACAAACAACAUCCAUCAAGGCAGAGACCGCUACCAACGUGCCUCUCGCGAAUGCACUCCUGAAUAUAACAACGCCAAUAACAACAAUAAUAAUCUACAGCAAGAAAACUCCCCAAGCCAACAACAGCAACAUCAAACAACUCCAUUCCGCACUACAACCACCUCUACUACCCCCGUCACUCAAUCGGCCAUCCCACUCCGUCGAACAUACAUGUCGACAACUUCCAAUAUUCCUACCAACACGUCUGUGUCUAUCCAGCCGGGUUUCCGCCGCUAUGCAAGUGGUCAGUCAACCAUCCGAACCGUUGUUGAUGAUUACGCUGGUUCCAGGGACGCUGGAGCAGGGGGUGCAGAGGAUGUUUCCCCACAACCUCGAAGUGCGGGAAGGACUGUUUCUCAUUUCUCUGGUUUGCAGUCUCGCCAGCGAACUAAUAGUAUGGGGACCCGAGCUGUUGGUGGUAGUGGUCUCCUUACUAGGCGGACGUUCGGCAGUAACGCCGAACGCUAA